AAGAGAAUUGACUGUCAUAUAUAUAUAGAGAGAGAGAGGAUAAUUUCAAUGUAUUGUAUAAAUAAUGGAGUAACUCCACAACAUCCCCCCCAAACACACCCAACCCCCACAAAUUGCCCCUUUUUUUCAAAAACCUGACCCUUUACCUUCCUUUUUCUUGUGUUCUUACUUUCUUGAAGUGCAAAUGCCACUUCUCUAGCAUAAAGUUUCCAUCUCUGUUUUAUAAUUUCCAAGAAUUUCAGCUCAAGCUGUCUUUCGCUUUGUCCUUUUUUACUUAUAUAUUGUAUCUAUAUGUAUUGAUAUUUUGUGGGUUCAAGAAAGAGCAAAAAGCAGCUAAAAAAAACAAGAAAAGGGAAGGAUGAGUACAUCAACUAGCAUUUUUGUGAUAAGAUGGAUCAAUUUCCUUACUAUGCUGUUAGCUGUGGGCGUUGUAGGUUUUGGGAUAUGGAUGGGCGCUCAUCAUGAUGGCUGUCGGAAGUCUCUCACUCUGCCUGUUCUUGGCCUUGGAGGUGUUAUAUUCGUGGUAUCAAUUGUUGGGUUUUUUGGAGCAUGGAAGAACAACACCAUCUUGUUGUGGAUUUAUCUGAUCAUGCUUUGCUUGAUUUUGGUGGCAAUAUUGGUCUUCACCGUUUUGGCGUUCAUUGUAACGAAUAAUAGCUCAGGUCAUAGUGUUAAUGGACUAAGGUACAAGGAGUAUCAUCUUCAAGACUACAGUUCGUGGUUUCUAAAACAACUCAAUAACACCCAUAACUGGAAGCAUCUGAAAAGCUGUCUUGUCAAGACGAAUGAUUGUAGUAACCUAUCAAAAAGAUACAAGACUCGAAAGGAAUAUAAAUUAGCAAAACUAACACCUAUUGAAGCUGGUUGCUGCAGACCACCAUCUGAGUGUGGUUACCCUGCUGUUAACGCCUCAUACUAUGACUUGAGCUUUCAUCCGAAGAGUUCCAGCAAGGACUGCAAGCUUUACAAAAACUCGAAGAAUGUCAAAUGCUAUAGCUGUGAUUCCUGCAAGGCUGGUGUCGCACAAUACAUGAAAACUGAAUGGAGAGUGGUUGCUAUCUUCAACGUGAUUCUCUUCAUCGUUUUGUCGAUAAUCUACUUCGUGGGAUGCUGUGCAAGGCGUAGUGCUGCUCGGAGACGCUCUAAAAUUUGAAUCCUCCAGCUGCAGAAUCCACAGAUGAGUUGGUGUUGAUAACAGUUCACGUUCUUCAGCUAUUUGUUCAGCUAUUUGUUGACAAAGUCUGUAUAUUCAGAGAAAUGAUUCAUAGGGAAAUCUUUGUAGUUUAGUUGGUUGGUUAUCUGAACUUUCACCUUGUAGAUGAGACUUCGAUUACGCACCUUGUAAUCCCCUUCCCGUUUCCUCUUCCACUACCCCCAACUUUUAACAAAGAAAAAAAAAUUAGUGAAAUGAAAAGACUUUUUGAUGCA